CUGCAAAUGUAUAUUAAUUAAAAGUAAAUUAGAUACAAAAGAUGUAUUAAUUUUGACACCAUUGAAAGAACUUUUCGAAUAUGCUUAGGGUGGCUAAAUGUAAAUUUUGUAAUUAAUAAAUAUGCUUCACAUCAUGCAUGUGUGUUUUUUUAUACUAACAAACAUUUUUGUUUUUAAUAUUUUGAUAAUUUGAUUUAAAAUAAUUUGAUAAUUUGAUUGAAUUUUUUUACAGGUUUAUAUUUUAUUAAAUAAUGACUUACCCUGAUAGAAAUAGAACAAAGAAAUUAGAUUUUGUAGACACUCAAAAGCUUUCUUCUACGUUUGUUCUUUUAUGGUACAAGGAUUGUGAAAAAGAUGAGCGGCAUACCUCUCCCAUAUCACUUUCAAAUACACUUUUUAAGCAUUAUUCAUCCGUUGAAUGCCUUGAAUUUCAAGUGAAAAAUGUAGUGCAUGUUUCUAUUGCAAAUAUACAACACGCAGCUGUCAUCAUUUAUAAGGGGUCUAUUACCCAAUGCUGUAAAUUUGAAACAUUGCUAGAUAACUUCAUGGACGAUUUUGGUGAUGAAAAUCCUAGCACUGAUGAAGUAAGCAAGUUUGCCCUCAAUUAUAUUGAAGGCAAUACUGACGGAAAAAGAAAACAUUCUGAUGGAGACCAAUCCUCAGAUUCAGAGAAUAUUGCACCGGUCUCAGAACAUACAGGCCUAAACGGACCUAAAUAUAAAUCGACUCCUAAAUCAAAGGUGCUGAAAAAAAAAACAUGUAAAUGAAGUGUUGAAUGAAAAUUCAGAAUCAGAGUCCUUUGCAUCAUUUUAUAACAGUCAAAAAGGAUCUAAAAAAAGUGAAGCACAGAUUAUGGCUUUGGAAAAGCGGAAGCUUGACAUGCUACUUGACAAUGUUGAUGCUCCCAGAGCAUUGAUGCUUCCAAUAAUUAGUGAUGUUCCUAAAACAAAACACUGUGGUUCACCGAAGUUAAGCAAACUAUCUUGUUUAGAAGCAAUUUUGAUUGAACAAAAGAAACUUCUUUUUGAACAAAAGAAGACCAACAAACUGUUGUCUGAAAUUUUGCGCCCAAUAGAAAAAGAAUCUGUAAAUAAUGAUAAU